CAAGCUUCCUGCUAAUUAACUUCCUGCCAUCAGACCAGAUAGUAACUAGACUGGUAGUAUAUGACACUGGUUACCCGUAUGUAUGAUCAAAAAUUAACACAGAACAACUCAACUCCAUUAGUAGUCUAGAGAGCAAGCUAGCCAGGCCAGGUGGGAUUCAGCAAAGAACCAGCUUUCUUUAGAAAGAUGCGUGCCGGCGGCUGCGCGGUUCAGCAGGCGCUGGCGGCGGAGGCGGCGUCCGUUGUGAGGCAGGCAGUGACACUGGCGCGGCGCCGCGGCCACGCGCAGGUCACUCCGCUCCACGUCGCCACCGCCAUGCUACUCCCCCCUGCGCCGGCGGGGCUUCUCCGCACGGCCUGCCUCCGCUCCCACUCUCACCCUCUGCAGUGCAAAGCCCUUGAGCUCUGCUUCAACGUGGCGCUGAACCGCCUCCCUACAGCCUCCGGCGCGGCGGCCAUGUUCCAUCAACAUCGGCUGGGCGGCACGGCCCCCGCCCUGUCCAACGCGCUCGUUGCCGCCUUCAAACGCGCACAAGCACACCAGCGUCGCGGGGGCGCCGGGGACGGUAUCCAGCCGACAGCGGCGCCGGUGAUCGCAUCCAAGGUUGAGCUGGAGCAGCUCAUUGUCUCCAUCCUCGACGACCCGAGCGUGAGCCGCGUCAUGCGCGAGGCCGGCUUCUCCAGCUCUCAGGUCAAGGCCAACGUGGAGAGGUCUGUCUCCUCGUCGUCGCCGUCCGGGACGAACACCACCAGGACGAGCUCUACCAAGGAGUCCAGGGACAAAUCGGUCCCCCACAAGGACGCCAUGCGCGUGCUCGAUUGCAUGGCGAGCGAGGCGCAGCGGUGCUUGGUGGUCGUCGGCGAGGGCGCAGAGGCGGCGGUGAAGGCCGUGAUGGACAGGGUGAGCAAGUUGGACCUCCCGUACCAUCAACACGAGCGCCUCAAGAGCGUCCAGUUCGUGCCCCUCUCCAUCGCGUCGUUUCGGGGCUUGGCGAAGGAGGAGGUGGAUGCCAAGGCCGGCGAGCUGCGCGCACUCCUGCGCGAGGCGUGCGCUGCCGGGAAGGGCGUCGUGCUCAUCCUCGAGGACCUCGCUUACGCCGCGGAGUCCUGGCAGACGAGAAGAGGCGCGGCGAGCGUGCACGGCGGGCAGUCACAGCAGCACUACUGCCCUGUAGAGCACGCCGUCAUGGAGGUGAGCGGCUUGGUGUCCGGCGACUCUGGCUCUGGCGGCGGAAGGUUCUGGCUGAUAGGGUUUGCGAGCAGCAUGGUGUUCAUGAGGUGCGGGGUCGGGCAGCCGUCUCUAGAGACUGUCUGGGGGAUCCACCCUGUCGUCGUGCCCGACGGCGGCGGCCUCGUGCUAAGCCUCAGCUGCACCAGUGAGGCGCAGGCUAGCCAGCAAGCGAGAAGAUCGACAAUGGGAUGGCCCUUGGUCAGCAGCUCGGCCGUUACAGGCGACAGCCACCUCACCUGCUACGCAAACGCACGGACGCCGUCGCCAGAGACGAGCAUACCGUCGUGGCUUCGCCGGUACCAUGACCCAUAUCACACCACACCGGCGAGCAGUGGCGGCAGCAAUCUUGAGCAGCUGCAAGAUCUGUGGAAUCCCACUCGCAAUGAAUCAACAACGCACCACCACACAUCAGAGCUCACGUUGAGCUUCUCAUCCCCGUUAUCUCCGGCGGCUUCUUCCCUCUCGGGCUACAACACCACCAAUUCAAUAAUGAUGAUGAGCUCGUCCAAGCCAUGGCAUCUCGAGCCGAGGACACCGUGGCCGCCGAACCAUCACGGCCCGGCGAUUAUGACGGCGGAGAGGCGACUUGAUUAUCAUCAGUUGCAUACUGCAACAAACCCUAGUCCGGAAUCCAUCUCGGUGCAGUCCAACUCCAGCUCACUCGACGGCGUUGGCACAGCGGAACGCCGCCGGCCAAAGUUCACGGAACUCACGGCGGAGAACCUCAAGAUCCUCAGCAGCACACUCGAGGACGGCGUCCCGAGGCACAUUAAGGACGUGGCACCGGGCGUUGCGAGUACCGUGCUCCGAUGCCGGUCCGGGAUGGCGAGCCGGAGAGAGCCUCUCACGCCGAGGCCUAGGCCUAGCUCGGCCACGUGGCUGCUCUUCCAAGGGACCGACGGCGAUGGCAAGAAGGCCAUGGCACUGGAGCUAGCGAAGCUCGUCUUCGGUUCCUAUAAUGACUUCACCUCCAUCUCAUCAGCCGGCUUCACCCCGGUGCACUCCGGUUCGAGCUCCGGCGAGUUUGCCGGCAAGAGGCAAAGAUCGCCGGACUACGAGCAUAGCUACCCGCAAAGAUUCUACGAAGUGAUACAUGAGAACCCGCGCCGGGUGGUAAUGAUCGAAGACAUUGAGCAGUUAGACAUUGGCUCGGAAAUGAGCAUCAAGAAUGCGAUUGAGAGUGGGAGGAUCAGAGACUGCAACGGCAAUGAGGUCAGUCUGGAGGAUGCCAUCGUAGUGUUGAGCUGCGAAGCAUUCGAUUCAAGGUCUAGGGCUUCAUCCCCUAGGGUCAAGCAGAGGGUCAGCAUCAAUAACGAUGGCGAUGAGGAAGACAGCGGAGUGGAGAAAGAGAAAAUGAAGCCGCCAUGUUUAAGCUUGGAUUUGAACGCCUGCGCAGCUGCCGAUGAUGAUGAAGAGAGAGAUGAGGAGCAAAAAGAGAGAUUAGUUGAUGAUGUGGAGAUCAAUGAUGUUGUGGAUGGUGUUUUCUUCUUCCGACUAGCUAUAGGUUUGUCACACUAGUGAGCUUGCUUCUCAUUUUUCUUCUCACGAUCAGAUUAACACAGACUUGUUUGUUCUUUUUUUUUCUGUAGACCUAGACCUAUAGCCAUCAUCUCAUGUACAAGAAACAAGCAUAUGUAUAUUGGUGUUUGGUCUUUAAUUAUGUCUCUGGCAGUAUAAAGUUUUGUGGCCAA